AUGACUGUACGUCUACUGGUAGGGAAAGAAAAGCAGGAGAAAAGGGAGAGAAAGGAACAGAAGAAGAAGGAGAAAGAGGAGAAGGAGUUGAAGGAGAAAGAGGAGAAGGAGAAGAAGGAGAAAGAGGAGAAGGCCAAAGCUGAAGCGCCUAAAGAGAUCACGGUGAUAGACCCAGCAGGUAACAUGUAUUAUAACUGGCUCCUUGUCAUCACUAUUCCUGUAAUGUACAACUGGACCCUCAUCAUAGCCAGGGCCAGUUUUGAGGAGCUCCAGACAGACUUUCUGAUCUACUGGUUCAUCAUAGACUGUGUCUCUGAUGUGGUCUACCUGGCUGAUAUGGUGUUCAGGACCAGGACAGGUUACCUGGAACAGGGUCUGUUGCUGUUCGGACUCAACUACCCCGAGAUACGACUCAACAAGCUGUUCAGAAUCAACAGGAUGUUGGAGUUCUUUCAGAGGACAGAGACCAGGACCAACUUCCCCAACGUACUGCGUAUCUCCAACCUCGUCAUGUACAUCGUCAUCAUCAUACACUGGAACGCUUGUCUUUACUACUCUUUCUCCAAGGCGAUUGGUUUCGGAGCUAAUAAGUUUGUGUACCCCGACACGACGGACCCUGAGUUUGGCCGUUUGGUCCGGAAAUAUGCCUACAGCAUGUACUGGUCGACCCUGACACUCACAACUAUCGGAGAGACUCCUCCCCCUGUACAGAACUCUGAGUACUUCUUCGUCGUCACAGACUUCCUGGUUGGCGUGUUGAUCUUUGCUACCAUCGUCGGUAACGUCGGUUCCAUGAUCACCAACAUGAACGCUGCCAGGGCAAACUUCCAGGCCAGGAUAGAUGCCAUCAAACAGUACAUGACUUUCAGAAAGGUCACCAAGGACCUGGAGAAGAGGGUGAUCAAGUGGUUUGACUACCUGUGGACCAAUAAGAAGGCAGUAGAUGAGAGGGAGGUGCUAAAGUUCCUUCCUGAUAAACUCAGGGCUGAGAUUGCUAUCAACGUACACCUGGACACACUGAAGAAGGUGCGUAUCUUUGCUGACUGUGAGGCUGGUCUCCUGGUAGAGUUGGUAUUGAAGCUUCAGCCUCAGGUCUACAGUCCAGGAGAUUACAUCUGUAAGAAGGGAGACAUCGGACGAGAGAUGUACAUCAUCAAGGAAGGGAAGCUGGCCGUUGUCGCCGGCGACGGGAUCAAACAGUUCGUUGUCCUUAGCGACGGGGAGCUACUUCGGGAGAUCAGUAUUCUGUCCAUAAAGGGUUCCAGGGCUGGAAACAGGAGGACUGCUAACAUCAGGAGUGUUGGGUACUCUGACCUGUUCUGCCUCUCUAAAGACGACCUCAUGGAGGCCCUGUCGGAGUAUCCUGAUGCUAAAGCCAUGUUGGAGGAGAAGGGACGGCAGAUCCUGAUGAAGGACAACCUGCUGGACUUGGAGGUGGCGGCGCAGGGCCCGGACCCCAAGGACAUGGAAGAGAAGGUGGAGAGGAUGACAGCAACGCUGGAGUCCCUCCAGACGCGAUACGCCCGGCUCCUCGCCGAACACGAGGCGGGCCAGAGCAGACUGAAACGCAGAGUCACCCGGCUGGAGAAGAAAGUGGUGGCUCCGGUCCAGGAGGUCGAGGAGCUAGGGGUGGAGAUGGGUACCGUGGCAACCACAGAGUAGAAGAAAUAGUCCCGCUGUUCUGUGUUCAUUAUGUUUUUGAGGAAGGUCUUACCUACCUACUAUAGUUGACUGACUGGAAGUCGCUCUGGGUAAGAGUGUUCGCUAAAUUACCAUAAUAUAACGAUGUCAGAGCAAGCAGAGCAACGUGGUUGGGAAAGGAACACUGAACAACAGCAGCACGUGGCAUCCAGGUGGUAGAGGAAUUAGAGUGACACCAAGAGUUGACUGACCUCCCAGUAUCUUGAGUGGGUUGUUCCACAGGUGACCAAAAGAGCCAUAGAGGGGGGAAACAGCAUAGUCUAUUUGAUAUAGUCUUUUCUGAAUCGGUACAAAGAGAAAGACAGAUCAGAAUAACUUUGUAUGCUUGUUGUCUUGUUCUGUCCACCAAAUAUUCACCACCACUUGAUGUAUAACCUCUAAAAGCCCCAUUAUCAAUAACCUCUAAAAGCCCCAUUAUCAAUAACCUCUAAAAGCCCCAUUAUCAAUAACCUCUAAAAGCCCCAUUAUCAAUAACCUUUAAAAGCCCCAUGAUGUAUAACCUCUAAAAGCCCCAUUAUCAAUAACCUCUAAAAGCCCCAUUAUCAAUAACCUCUAAAAGCCCCAUUAUCAAUAACCUCUAAAAGCCCCAUUAUCAAUAACCUCUAAAAGCCCCAUUAUCAAUAACCUCUAAAAGCCCCAUUAUCAAUAACCUUUAAAAGCCCCAUGAUGUAUAACCUCUAAAAGCCCCAUUAUCAAUAACCUCUAAAAGCCCCAUUAUCAAUAACCUCUAAAAGCCCCAUUAUCAAUAACCUCUAAAAGCCCCAUUAUCAAUAACCUCUAAAAGCCCCAUUAUCAAUAACCUCUAAAAUCCCCAUUAUCAAUAACCUCUAAAAGCCCCAUUAUCAAUAACCUUUAAAAGCCCCAUGAUGUAUAACCUCUAAAAGCCCCAUUAUCAAUAACCUCUAAAAGCCCCAUUAUCAAUAACCUCUAAAAGCCCCAUUAUCAAUAACCUCUAAAAGUCCCAUUAUCAAUAACCUCUAAAAGCCCCAUUAUCAAUAACCUCUAAAAGCCCCAUUAUCAAUAACCUCUAAAAGCCCCAUUAUCAAUAACCUCUAAAAGCCCCAUUAUCAAUAACCUUUAAAAGCCCCUGAUGAAUAACCUCUAAAAGCCCCAUUAUCAAUAACCUCUAAAAUCCCCAUUAUCAAUAACCUUUAAAAGCCCCUGAUGAAUAACCUCUAAAAGCCCCAUUAUCAAUAACCUCUAAAAGCCCCAUUAUCAAUAACCUUUAAAAGCCCCA